AUGAAAAUAUAUAAUUCUAUAUCAACAAAAACCUUUACAACGUAUGCUUUUCUAAUACUAGUAAUAAAAACAAUAAUAAUAACAACUAAUGUAUCAGCUCAAGAUACAACAUGUGAUGAUAAGAUUAGUACAAAGCUUGCUAAAACUCCAAGUCAAGCCACUUCUCACCUUGUAGGAGUUCUUCGUGAACCACUUAAUCCGAUUAGUGUAUCAGGUUCUAAUCAAUUCGAUCAAACUUAUAUAAGUUCUUUAGUUGAUAGAGCAAACAAGUCAAGUAAAAAAGUUCAUGUUCUUGCAGCAGUUGGAAAUUACGGUAAAGAUACCGCGACGUUGUGGAUUAAUAUUCGCAAUGAUCAGAAAAGCUUCACAGACCCAAUCAUAAACCAUAUUAGAACUAAUGAUAUAGAUGGAGUUGAUAUUGAAUAUCCACAAACCGAAUGUACUCUUCCCGAUCCUAGUGCUGUUAAUCUUCCAGUUUUAUUUGCAAAUGUAUUAGAACAAUUAAGAGCCCAACUUGGUGUUAAUAAAACUAUUACAGCAACUUUUGGACCAAAUGAUUAUAAAGGUAUUAAAUUAGUCGAACAAGGAGCAGCCAUUAAUGCUCUAGUAGACUGGGUGAAUGUAAUUGGUUAUCGUUUAAACAUUGGACUAUAUCCUAAACAAGUAGAAGGUCCAACUUCACCAUUUAAAGAUAAUCCUCCUCCCAAGAAAGAUGAUCCUCCUCCCAAGAAAGAUGAUCCUCCUCCCAAGAAAGAUGAUCCUCCUACUACUAAUGACCUUAUAACUUUUAAAGAAGUGACUGACGGUUGGAAAACUACUGGUAUUUUUGCAAACAAACUUGUGAUGGGCGUUGAAUUUUCAGGAAUAGUUAGAAAAGUGAAUGAUAUUGCUCCAUUGCAAGAAAAAACUCAAAAUGUAGACAUUUCCACUACAUAUCUAACAUUUCCAAAUAGUGUAGAUAUAAACAGUUGCGUUGACCUUAGUCGUAUGAAAUCUAUUUCAUGGACUAAUUUGAAACAAUAUAAAAUACUUACAGGUGAUUGUGAAUCAAAAGGUGCUGGCUGGACAAGGAUAUUCGAUAAAACUACCUUAUCAACAUAUAUCUAUAAUAAUGAGAGUACUUAUAUAUCAUAUGAAGAUCCAGAAUCUUUACUAAACAAGGUUCUUUAUGUUAUGACCGGUGAUGAAAAUGGAAAUGGAAACGCCGCCUCACUUGGUGGAAUUAUGAUUUCAGAUGUAGCAGCAGAUCUCAAGGAUGAAUUGCUUUCUAUAGUAUAUCACAUUAGAAGUAAUAAUGCUAUACCAAAAAAACCACCAUUAACAAAUUCAGCUAGUCCCACCCCAAGUGAUACCUCGAGCGCGUUAAUAGGAGUCAUUAUAGGAAGUAUAAUUGGUGCAGCCGCAAUAGUGGGUGGCGUAUUCUUAUGGUGGCAUCAUAAAAGAAGAGAACAAAUGACAUUAAACAAGUCUGUAAAUAAUAAUGAUUAUCAAAAUGUAUCUGUCCCUGUUUCAUUCAUAGACAAAGCUGUUCCAGAUACUCCAGUCAGUCGUGUUACUGCAUUGUAUGAUUUUGAAGGCAAAGAAACAACAGAUUUAAGUUUCAAAAAAGGAGAUAUUAUUGAGGUAAUAGAAAAAGGCGAUGGUGCAAAUGAUUGGUGGGUUGGUAAAAUUGGUAGUAAAAUAGGUGAAUUUCCCGGUAAUUAUGUUAGGGAAUAA